AAAUUUUAUCACGGCAUAAGAAAUUAUGCCUACGACGACAAGACUCUUAAUAUAGACAAUAAUUCAUCUAACAUUUAGCCAUUCAGCAAGCUGAAGUGGGCCAAAAUGGAAUCUGUUAUCGUUUCGUUUUUCAUCACAUUCUUUUGUUUAUCUCGCUAUUCAGAUUGUGGAAGUAUCACAUGGUAUGAACCUCUACCAGUUACGACAGUAUUGAGUGCCGGCGAUUACCCAACUCCAGGAGAGAAAAAGCUUUUUGAAGGACAUCCUGCGUCUCUAAGCUGGAACUUCAGUUUCACGUCCGUGACACUCUUUGCGGUCGCUAUAAAGUUCAAUACUGAUACCGUUGCUUUCAGUGGACCAGAAGGACAAGCUGCAGCGGUGGAGGAUGCCUUCAAGGACAGAUUCAAUUUCUCUUGGAUUUCCCAACGAUUGACUUUGGUAAUCUUCAACGCGACCGCUGAGUAUGAUGAAAGUAAUGGAGCAUUUCGGUGCGAGUUGACUACUUCGGGAGGAACGUGGAUCCGUAGGAUUCUAUUGAAAAUUUUGGAUAAAUCAGAUGGUGUGUCUUUGAAAACGAACGCAACAAGAAACAAUGGUUGCGUCGACAUUUGGGUGACUUUCACUUGCAGCUUAUCUGAUUCCAAUUUAGCGGUUCAUAAUUAUAUGCUCGUUAAGAAUGGUACAGAGGUCAGUCUUAGUGAGAGUGGGACAUGGAUAGAAAGGAUUUCACGAGGAGAAACGUUUGUCUAUAAAUGCGUGGCUUAUCAGCAGGUUGACAAUGUCACAAGCAAAAAUAAUGUUACUCUGACUGUGAAAGUCCCAGUUGACGUGGAGGAGAUGCGGAAUGUAACAGUCAUGGAGGGAACGCAUGUGACAAAGGAGUGCAAUGUGACUGCAGGGACUCCGCCCCUAACUGUUCUUUGGGAGAAUGUUAAAAGUGAUCAGAUCAUUGAGGGAAAGCUCUUAAACAUCAGUAGCAUCACAAGAUAUCAAAGAGAGUACAGAUGCAUUGCAAACAACAGCUGUGGAAGCAAUUCUUCUACCAUGUUCAUCGAUGUGCAGUAUAAACCAGAUAAUGUCACUUUGGAAACGAACACAACAGAGUACAAUGGCUGCGUCGACGUUUGGGUGACUUUCACUUGCAACUCAUCUGAAGCCAAUCCACCAGUUCAUAAUUAUAUGCUCCUUAAAAAUGGUACAGGGGUCGGUUUUAGUGAGAGUGGGAAAUGGCUAGAGAAAAUAUCACGAGGAGACACGUUUGUGUAUAAUUGCGUUGCUUAUCAAAAGCUUGACAAUGUCACAAGCUCAAAUAGUGUUACUAUGACUGUGGAAGUCCCAGUUAACUUAGAGCAGAUACAGAAUGUAACAGUCAUGGAGGGAAUGGCUGUAACAAGGGAGUGCAAUGUCACUGCAGGGACUCACCCCUUAACUGUUCUUUGGGAGAAUGUUAAAAGUGGUCAAAUCAUCGAGGGAAAGCUCUUAAAUAUCAGUAACAUCACAAGAUAUCAAAGAGAGUACAGAUGCAUUGCAAAUAACAGCUGUGGAAGCAAUUCUACCACCAUGGUCAUCGAUGUGCAGUAUAAACCAGAUACUGUCACUUUGAAGACAAACACAACAAACAACAAUUCCUGCGUCGACGUUUGGGUGACUUUCGCUUGCAACUCAUCUGAAGCCAAUCCACCACUUCAUAAUUAUAUGCUCCUUAAGAAUGGUACAGAGGUCAGUUUUAGUGAGAAUGGGAUAUGGAUGCAAAAGAUAUCACGAGGAGAAACGUUUCUCUACAAUUGCGUGGCUUAUCAGCGGGUUGACAAUGUCACGAGCACAAAUAGUGUUACUAUGACUGUCAAAGUCCCAGUUGGCGUGGAACAGAUACAAAAAGUAACAGUCGUGGAGGGAACACAUGUGACAAAGGAGUGCAAUGUGACAGCAGGGACUCCUCCCUUAACUGUUCUUUGGGAGAAUGUUAAAAGUGGUCACAGCAUUGAGGGAAAGCUCUUGAAUAUCAGUAACAUCACAAGAUAUCAAAGAGAGUACAGAUGUAUUGCAAACAACACUUGUGGAAGUAAUUCUACCACCAUGGUCAUCGAUGUGCAGUAUAAACCUGAUAAUGUCACUUUGGAGACAAACGCAACAGAGAACAAUGGCUGCGUCGACAUUUGGGUGACUUUCACUUGCAACUCAUCUGAAGCCAAUCCACCAGUUCAUAAUUAUAUGCUCCUUAAGAAUGGUACAGAGGUCAGUUUUAGUGAGAGUGGGACGUGGCUGGAGAAAAUAUCACGAGGAGAAACGUUUGUCUACAAUUGCGUUGCUUAUCAGAAGGUUGACAAUGUCACAAGCACAAAUAGUUUGACUAUCACUGUGAAAGUCCCAGUUGGCGUGGAACAGAUAAAAAAAGUAACAGUGGUGGAGGGAACACAUGUGACAAAGGAGUGCAAUGUGACAGCAGGGAGUCCUCCCUUAACUGUUCUGUGGGAGAAUGUUAAAAGAAGUCAGAUCAUUGAAGGAACGCUCUUGAAUAUCAGUAACAUCACAAGAUAUCAAAGAGAGUACAGAUGCAUUGCAAACAACAGCUGUGGAAGCAAUUUUACCACCAUGGUCAUCGAUGUGCAGUAUAAACCUGAUAAUGUCACUUUGGAGACAAACGCAACAGAGAACAAUGGCUGCGUGGACAUUUGGGUGACUUUCACUUGCAACUCAUCUGGAGCCAAUCCACCAGUUCAUAAUUAUAUGCUCUUUAAGAAUGGUCCAGAGGUCAGUUUUAGUGAGAAUGGGAGAUGGAUGCAAAAGAUAUCCCCAGGAGAAACGUUUGUCUACAAUUGCGUGGCUUAUCAGCAGGUUGACAAUGUCACGAGCACAAAUAGUGUUACUUUGACUGUGAAAGUCCCAGUUGACAUGGAACACAUACGAAAACUAACAGUCAUGGAGAGUGCACAUGUGACAAAGGAGUGCAAUGUAACAGCAGGGACUCUUCCCUUAACUGUUCUUUGGGAGAAUGUUAAGAGUGGUCAGAUCAUUGAUGGAAAGCUCUUGAAUAUCAGUAACAUCACAAGAUAUCAAAGAGAGUACAGAUGCAUUGCAAACAACAGCUGUGGAAGCAAUUCUACCACCAUGGUCAUCGAUGUGCAGUAUAAACCAGAUAAUGUCACUUUGGAGACAAACACCACAAAGAACCAUUAUUGUGUUGACAUUUGGGUGGCUUUCUCUUGCAACUCAUCUGAAGCCAAUCCACCAGUUCAUAAUUAUAUGCUCCUUAAGAAUGGUACAGAGGUCAGUCUUAGUGAGAGUGGGACGUGGCUGGAGAAAAUAUCACGAGGAGAAACGUUUGUCUAUAAAUGCGUGGCUUAUCAGCAGGUCGACAAUGUCACGAGCACAAAUAGUGUUAUUAUAACUGUCAAAGUUCCAGUUGACGUAGAACAGAUACGAAAUGUAACAGUCACGGAGGGAACUGUUGUGACAAAGGAGUGCAAUGUGACAGCAGGGACUACCCCUUUAACACUUUUUUGGGAGAAUGUUCAAGGUGGUCAGAUCAUAGAGGGAAAGCUCUUAAAUAUCAGUAACAUCACAAGAUAUCAAAGAGAGUACAGAUGCAUUGCGAACAACACUUGUGGAAGCAAUUCUACCACCAUGCUCAUUGAUGUACAAUUUAAACCAGAUAAUGUCACUUUAAAAACGAACACAACAGAGAACAAUGGCUGCAUCGACAUUUGGGUGACUUUCACUUGCUACUCAUCUGAAGCUAAUCCACCAGUUCAUAAUUAUAUGGUCCUUAAGAAUGGUACAGAGGUCAGUUUUAGUGAAAAUGGGAUAUGGAUGCAAAAGAUAUCACGAGGAGAAAAGUUUGUUUACAAUUGCGUGGCUUAUCAGGAGGUUGAUAAUGUCACGAGCACAAAUAGUGUUACUAUGACUGUCAAAGUACCAGUUGACGUGGAACAGAUACGAAAAGUGACAGUUAUGGAGGGAACACAUGUGACAAAGGAGUGCAAUGUAACAGCAGGGACUCCUCCCCUAACUGUUCUUUGGGAGAAUGUUAAAAGUGGUCACAUCAUUGAGGGAAAGCUCUUGAAUAUCAGUAACAUCACAAGAUAUCAAAGAGAGUACAGAUGCAUUGCAAACAACAGCUGUGGAAGCAAUUCUACCACCAUGGUCAUCGAUGUGCAGUAUAAACCAGAUAAUGUCACUUUGGAAACAAACACAACAAAGAACAAUUACUGUGUCGACAUUUGGGUGAUUUUCACUUGCAACUCAACUGAAGCCAAUCCACCAGUUCAUAAUUAUCUGCUCUUUAAGAAUGGUUCAGAGGUCAGUCUUAGUGAGAGUGGGACAUGGCUGGAGAAAAUAUCACGAGGAGACACGUUCGUCUACAAUUGCGUGGCUUAUCAGCAGGUUGAGAAUGUCACAAGCACAAAUAGUGUUACUAUAACUGUGAAAGUCCCAGUUGACGUAGAACAAAUACGGAAAGUGACAGUCAUGGAGGGAACAUAUGUGACAAAGGAGUGCAAGGUGACAGCAGGGACUCCCCCCUUAAGUGUUCGUUGGGAGAAUGUUAAACGUGGUCAGAUCAUUGAGGGAGAGCUCCUGAAUAUCAGUAAAAUCACAAGAUAUCAAAGAGAGUACAGAUGCAUUGCCAACAACACUUGUGGAAGCAAUUCUACCAGCAUGUUCAUCGACGUGCAGUAUAAACCAGGUAAUGUCACUUUGGAAACAAACGCAACAUGGAAGAAUAGCUGCGUCGACAUUUGGGUGACUUUCACUUGCAACUCAUCUGAAGCCAAUCCUCCAGUUCAUAAUUAUAUGCUCCUUAAGAAUGGUACAGAGGUCGGUUUUAGUGAGAUUGGGACAUGGCUAGAGAAAAUAUCACGAGACAAAACGUUUAUCUACAGUUGCGUGGCUUUUCAGCUAGUUGACAAUAUGACAAGCACAAAUAGUGUUACUGUGGCUCGAGUCCCAGUUACCGUGGAACAGAUACAGAGUUUAACAGUCAUCGAGGGUACAAAUGUCACAAGAGAGUGCAAUGCGACUGGAGGGAAAGGGAUAAAAAGCAAGCAAGCGCGGAAAAGUAGUCUUUGCAUUUGCUCACGUGAGCAGGUUAAACCAGAUAAUGUCACUUUGGAAACGAACACAACAGAGAACAAUGGCUGCGUCGACGUUUGGGUGACUUUCACUUGCAACUCAUCUGAAGCCAAUCCUCCAGUUCAUAAUUAUAUGCUCCUUAAGAAUGGUACAGAGGUCGGUUUUAGUGAGAUUGGGACAUGGCUAGAGAAAAUAUCACGAGACAAAACGUUUAUCUACAGUUGCGUGGCUUUUCAGCUAGUUGACAAUAUGACAAGCACAAAUAGUGUUACUGUGGCUCGAGUCCCAGUUACCGUGGAACAGAUACAGAGUUUAACAGUCAUCGAGGGUACAAAUGUCACAAGAGAGUGCAAUGCGACUGGAGGGUCUCCUCCCCCUGCUGUUUUUUGGGAGAAUGUUAAAAGUGGUCGGUUUAUGGCAGGAAGGCUGUUGAACAUCACUCACAUAACAAGAUUUCAAACAGAGUACAGAUGCAUUGCAAAUAACAUUUGUGGAAUGGACUCUACGACGAUGUUUAUUGAUGUACAGUAUAAACCAUCAUCUACCCAGUCAAGCUCUAUCGUUAAACUGGUGUUAGGAGAAGAUAGGUCUAUUGGUUGCCCUGUGGAUAUCGGAAACCCCCCGGCUGUCAUUACGUGGUUUAAAGGAAAUGAUACCAAUGGUACUAAAAUAGCCAUAACCUCAACUUUGGAGGUUCAAAGCGCCGUUCUAAGUGACGAAGGAUGGUAUAUCUGUUUUGCAAAAAAUGUCCUGGGAAAUGCAACCGGCAAUUUGUUGCUACUGGUUGUAUUACCUACAGCUGCUACCCCAUCCCCUACAACUCCCACAGCUUCAGAAAUCACAGAAGUUUACCUGACGGUAACAAUACAGGAGAACUGUAGCAAACGUUCAGAAGUUGCUGCGAGAUUUCCAGAUGUGGCUUGUCAAGUUGCCCUUAGCUUUGGCUGCUUAUCCGCCAAUAGCAUAUACACCAGGUGUGGCAGUGUUGUUCUCGACUUCAUGAUGAAGCUCAAUCAAAGCGUAGUUGUCAGCCAUGUUUUGACUUUCCUGUCGGAUGCUGCUAGGAAAGACAAAUUCGGAGUUUUUAAAGUCGAUCCAGCCUCAAUAAAACAAGUUUUGAUACCCACAGAUGGCUUGGACAGCCCAACACAAGGUGCUCUUGGAAAACAGGGGACCUAUGAAGAUGUAAAAGGUGUUUACGACGUAAGUUACAACUAA